GUGUUGGUCGUAAAAAAAUUGAAAAAAAAGAAUGACCACUAUGUCUACUUUAAAUUUGAGCACAACAUCAGUUACCAGCCGCAAGUUGCAGCAACCGGCAGAAGUUCACCUGCCGGAAUUUUACGCCGUUUACGCAUGGCUGAAUAGUAGCAACAAACACGCCCGAUUGAGUUGUCGAAUUCGUCGUAAGCAGCUACCGAAAUUAACUGAAUGUCGAGUGGCAAGUUUGGAUGCGUCCCAUGUGAGUGAAGAAUUAAACACUCAUCUUCAAGUGAACAAUCAGAUGGAGGACUGUAUCGAGCAUGUCAAGAAUCUGUUGAUGACGUCGGGAGACGGGCGAAUAAGCGUGUCGCCCUAUGACACGGCGAUAGUGGGCCUAAUCAAGGACUUGGAAGGGCGCGAAGCCCCACAGUUCCCGUCGUGCCUUGAGUGGAUAGCGCAGCACCAGAAGGCCGAUGGCUUGUGGGGGGAUGACUUCUUCUGCAUAUACGAUCGGAUUCUAAAUACCUUAGCGUGCGUGGUGGCCUUGAAUAUAUGGAACCUUCACGAUGAUAUGAUCGAAAAAGGAGUGGUGUACAUCAAUGAAAAUGUGCACAAACUCAAAGAUGGGAAUAUUGAGCACAUGACAUCAGGAUUCGAGAUCGUGUUUCCUGCCCUUGUCCAAAGAGCCAAAAACGUGGGCAUUCAAGGCCUUCCCUAUGAUCAUCCCCUCAUCAAGGAGAUUGCUAGAAUAAAAGAAGAAAGAUUGAAAAAGAUACCCAAGGAUAUGAUGUACCAAAUGCCAACAAGUUUACUAUAUAGUUUAGAAGGGAUGGGAGAUUUGGAGUGGGAAAAGAUGCUGAAACUGCAGUCAGCCGAUGGCUCCUUCCUCACAUCGCCCUCGUCCACCGCCUACGUCUUCAUGCACACCAAAGACCUAAAAUGCUUCGAUUUCAUCCAGAACGCCGUUAAUAAUUGCAACGGUGGUGCGCCACAUACAUAUCCCGUGGAUAUUUUUGCAAGACUUUGGGCAAUCGACAGACUACAACGCCUGGGAAUUUCUCGUUUCUUCCCGCAAGAAAUUAAGACUUUUUUAGAUCACGUCAAAAGUGUUUGGACAGAAAAGGGUGUUUUCAGCGGGAGAGGUUCGCAAUUUUGCGAAAUUGAUUGCACGUCCAUGGGCGUCAGGCUUCUAAGAAUGCACGGAUACAAUGUCGACCCAAAUGUACUUGAACAUUUCAAGCAGCAAGACGGUAAAUUUUCUUGCUACGGUGGUCAGAUGAUCGAGUCAGCAUCUCCAAUAUACAAUCUCUACAGAGCUGCCCAGCUGCGAUUUCCCGGAGAAGAAAUACUUGAGGAAGCUUCACAAUUUGCAUAUAACUUUUUGCAACAAAAGAUAGCCAACAAUCAACUUCAAGAAAAAUGGGUCAUAUACCACCACUUCAUCGAUGAGGUGAAGCUCGGGCUGAAGAUGCCAUGGUUCGCAACUCUACCACGAGUUGAGACUGCGUAUUAUCUACAAGAUUACGCUGGUUCGGGCGACGUAUGGAUUGGCAAGGUUUUCUACAGGAUGCCGGAAAUCAGCACCGACAGAUAUAGAGAGCUUGCGAUAUUGGAUUUCAACAGAUGUCAAGCACAACAUCAGUUGGAAUGGACUUACAUGCAAGAAUGGUACCACAAAAGUAGCGUUAGUGAAUUCGGGAUAAGCAAACGAGACUUGCUUCGUGCUUAUUUUUUGGCUGCAGCAACCAUAUUCGAACCCGAAAGAACACAAGAGAGGCUUGUGUGGACCAAAACCCAAAUUGUUUCUAGGAUGAUCACAUCAUUUCUUAACCAUGGAACUACACUAUCUUUGGAGCAAAAAACACAAACCGGACACAACUUUGAUGGCCUUGAUGAAAUAAUAGGUACUAUGGAAGAUCAUGGACUGGCUGGAACUUUGUUGACAACCUUCCAGAAACUUCUAGAUGGUUUCGAUAGAUACACUCGCCAUCUACUGAAAAAUGCUUGGAGCAAAUGGUUCAUUAAACUGCAGCAAGGGGAGGCGAACGGUGGGGAUGAGGCGGAGCUCCUAGCAAACACGAUCAACAUCUGCGCUGGUUUCACUGCUUUCAACGGAGACGUAUCGACGCACCCUGCAGAAUACACGACUCUCUCAACCCUCACUAACAAAAUCUGCAAGCGCCUUAGCCUAAUCAAAGAUAAAAAGACAAUGGAAGUUGUGGACGGGGGCAUAAAGGACAAGGAGCUCGAACAGGAUAUGCAGGCGUUGGUGAAGCUGGCACUCGAAGAAAAUGGAGGCUGCAUGCACAGAAACAUCAAACAAACGUUUUUAGCAGUUUUCAAGACUUUCUACUACAGCGCCUACCACGAUGAUGAGACCAUCGAUGUUCAUAUUUUUAAAGUGCUGUUUGAACCGGCUGUAUGAAUACUUUCAGCUCCGACAGUAUUGUUAAACAUGGACUGAGGAAGAAGAAAGAUUUUGAAGCCACUGUAGAAGGUUUGAAGGAGUUGAUUUGUUGUAAGUGACUCCUGUUACAGUCUAAAAAUGUAACCUUACUAAUUCAGUACAAUA